AACAAACGAAAAUUGACAACAACGUUACCCACAUUCUCCUCUUCGUCUCUUCUUUUUCUUCUCUCUUUGUAAAUUACUUGCAGUUAGGAAGGUAGGUACGGUUAGAGUAUUAGAGCCAAAAAAAAGGGGAGAGAAAAUAAAAGUUAACAACUGAAAUGAGUGACCAACCGAUGACUAUCGAAGACCCUAACGACUUAACCCUCCCUGACGCCGCCGUUGAUACCGACGAAACCACCGCAACUCCGUCGUCUGCUAGUCGAGUAAGAGGUCCAUGGUCGCCUGAAGAAGACGCUAUACUUAGUGAACUUGUUAGCAAAUUUGGUGCCAGAAAUUGGAGUCUCAUCGCACGCGGAAUUCCUGGUCGUUCUGGCAAGUCUUGCCGACUACGAUGGUGUAAUCAACUUGACCCAUGUGUUAAGCGCAAACCUUUUUCUGAAGAGGAAGACCAGAUUAUAAUUUCUGCACAUGCAAUUCAUGGAAACAAAUGGGCAUGCAUAGCAAAGCUUCUACCGGGAAGAACAGAUAAUGCUAUCAAGAAUCACUGGAAUUCAACUCUGAGACGGAGGUAUGAUUUUGGGAGGUCAGUAGGAGAUACCAGCAUUGACAGAAACAAAGCAUCAUCAGAAGAAACAGUUUCUGGCGAAACUAAUUCAUUUAAGCACUUUGAUGGAAGACAAGAUGUAAAUAUGGUGGAUAACCAAUGCCAUCAGUCUGAUUACCAGGCUCCAGUCAAUGAGAACCUACUUCAAUCCCUGCAACCUGAAAACCCACCUUCAAUUGUGUAUGAGAAUCACUUUGUAGUUGCACAUCCUCCCGUUAUUGCUCAUUUUGUUGAACAGACAGAGCCUCCCACACUAUCUCGUCCAGUUGCACGUGUUGGUGCUUUCAAUAUUUAUCAACCUUUAUCUAACUUAACACCUGCUGUUCCACGUCCCAAGCCCGUGCCUGUGCAGGGUCCUUUGGUUAAUGCCUUUCAACCCGACCUUGGUAUCUCCAAGUUUCUCGAUGGAGUUCAGUGUGAGCCGAUUAUUCCUUUGCGUUGUGGACAUGGAUGUUGCUCCGCUCCAACUGGUGCUGAAUCCGGAAACUCAUUGUUAGGACCAGAAUUCAUUGAAUAUGAAGAGCCUCCUUCCUUUUCCAGUCAUGAGUUAGCCUCAAUAGCCACAGAUUUGAACAAUAUUGCAUGGAUCAAAAGUGGUCUUGAUAGUAGUAGCUGUGCCAGGCAAAUGGAGACUCCUAUUCCAAGAAGAGACUCCCAAGGUACUGAUAACUCAAUGCAAUGCAUGCAGACUAACAACGUGCGUUUUGAUGAAGGACGGUCUAAGCUGAUGGGCAUGAUGACAGAAGUGAUCUCAACUCAGAUACCGAGGCAAACAGUCGCAUUGCCAGCUGAAGUUGGGGUUUGAGAUGGUUUUGGUUUUAAUUUUUCAAUCAUUAAUUAAUUCAGGAGUUGAUGAUAUGUUAGAGAGUUACAUACUAGUAGAACAUCUUACAUGGCGAGAUUUGUGCAGUGAGAACUGAGAAGGAGGGGAUAAGACUCAUUUUCUUAUCUAUAGUAAUGCUGGUAUACAAAAGAUGAGACUGUUCUUAUGUUUUAGCGCUUGAAAUAUAAUUGUUGUUACAGUCA